ACUUUGAGUAUGUUAUGGAUGUCCUUAUCAAUUUAAUCAUCAAGGGGGCAAAUAUAUGAAGGAAGAUAUUUUGGAUUAUUUUAUUCUUUCUCAGCAUAUCUACUGUUGAUGGACAGUAUAAAUAAGGUCUCCAUAGUGGUUAGCUCCUGAUCAAGUCUAAGCAGUUUAAACAUUUCCCAAGAAACUCUUUCUCUGCUGCAUAACAAUGGAUGUGGUUACAAGGAUGGUUGUUGACUGGCCUGUGGUCAUCUUUAGCAGGACAACUUGUUGCAUGAGCCAUACCAUCAAGACUCUCAUCAGUGGGUUUGGGGCGAACCUGACAGUUUACGAGCUCGAUGAAAUUCCGAAUGGGCAACAAGUUGAAAGGGCACUGCAGCAGAUGGGGUGCAAUCCCAGUGUACCUGCUGUUUUCAUAGGGCAACAGCUGGUUGGAGGUCCUAACCAAGUCAUGUCCCUUCAACUCAGGAACCAGCUUGUCCCACUGCUCAUAAGGGCUGGAGCAAUAUGGAUUUGAAAGAUAAAAGUAAACUUUCAUUAACUCAAAAUUCAACACCAUGCAAGCUACUAAACAAAAAUAAAGUUAUAAAUGGCUUUGUUAUGUGUUUCCCUACUAUCACCAUCCUUGUACACCAUUUUUGGGGCUGAGCAGGGUCAUAGUAUUUUCCUUGUACUAAUCUUUAAUUAAGUGGAACUUGUAUUUUAA